AUUCAGGUCAUCGAAGGGACCAGAUUAUAGAAAAAGAUGCUGCCUUGUGUGUCCUAAUUGAUGAAAUGAAUGAAAGACCGUGACUCAUGGCUUUGGAAGGCAGCUUCAACUCACGUGCUGUGUUGUGGAGAAAAUGCCUGUGCCAGGAUUUGAGGAAAUACAAAGAAAAGAAUAACAAGGCCAAUGAUACCACAAGGAAACAGACAAACCCAGGAUGUAGAACAUUCCACAGGACAACUGAACCCAUGUUUUCACAUCUUUGCUUUGACUGUGUCUUGCUGCUGCUGUUGUUGCUACAUACAAGGUCUUUGGAGUCGACAAACAUAUUCAAGGUGGGUCAGAAUGCCCUUCUGCCCUGCAGAUACACUCCAGCCUCCUCAGGGAAUCUUGUGCCUGUGUGCUGGGGCAGGGGGGUCUGCCCUGUGUUUCAAUGCCACGAUACGGUGCUCAGCACUGGUGAAAGGAGUGUGAUCUAUCGGAAGUCCAGCCGAUAUCACCUAAAGGGAGAUUUCCACAAAGGAGACGUGUCCCUGCUCAUAGAGAACGUGACUCCAGCAGACAGCGGAACCUACUGCUGCCGAAUACAGUACCCAGGCCCAAUGAAUGAUGGCAAAUUAACCCUGGAGUUGGUCAUCAUACCAGCCAAGGUCAUCCCUGCUCCGACUGCACAGACGGACCGGACUACAGCCUUUCCGAGGACUCUCACCACCAAGGAACAAGGCUCAGAGACACAGACACUGUUGACUUUCCAUGAUAGAAAUCAAAUACAAGGAUUCACACUGGCUAGUGAAUUCCAAGGUUCCACAGCAACCACCAGGAUCCAUGUCUACGUUGGAGUAGGAGUCUCUGCUGGGGUGGCUGUCAUUCUUGUUUUUGGUGCUUGCAUUCUUAAAUGGCAUUCUCAUAGCAAAAAGAAGUUACAGAAUUCAAGCCCCAUCACCUUGGACAAUGUGCCCCCAUCAGGGUUAGCAAAUGCAGUGGCAGAAGGCAUGCGUGCAGAAGACAACAUCUACACCAUUGAGGAGAACGUGUAUGAAGUAGAGGAUUCUGAUGAGUAUUACUGCUAUGUCAACAGUGGGGUUCAGCGUUGACUGCUUCUGGGUUAUCACCUUUCACCUCCAUUGCAUUUAAUCACUCCAAUUUUGAUCUUGGCAUUGUUUUUUUGAAAAUGAUGAGAUCUGUCAGCUGACUGAUUUUGGAGGUGCCAUCUGUCUGAGCAGAAUAAUCCCAUUUUCUGAAGAUUGUUAGCUCAUGUGCAGAUGGGACUGUGUUACCUGCACUGGACUUACACAGGCAAAUCAUUACCUCUGUAUGUAGCCAACAGAGCUAUGCAAUCUCGGGAUUGCUAAUCAUGGAUGUUAAAAGGCAAAUGGGCUUUUACAUGGAUUAGGAAUCCUUGAUAUGGAAUCCCUGGAGUUCAAGGAAAUUCAAGCACAAAAGCUAUCCAUGAAGCUGCUGAAAAUGUAGGUAAAAUUGUGUUUUGGAAUGUAUGCAUGUGUUUGUGUGUGUGUGUGUGCAGAAAGAUGGAAGAGGCCGCUGACUUUCACAGAGACUCGUGCUCCUUAAAAGGUUUAGAAUGGACUGGCACAGGACCACACGAUCUUGAAGAUAGCCUCUGAAGUACGCCUUUUUGAGUGUUGCAUCUGCAGCAGUGUGUGCCAGUGCACAGAUCUCCUCUGCUUCACUUAAGGACACUGCUCGGCAGGAGUACCUGGAGAAAAGGGAAGUGUGCUUGCUGUGCUUGUUGUAUGUUGCUAAGUCUUUUCUGUGUGCUUGAAGAGCAACCAUCUCUGACCAACUUCUCCAUUUGUGGAGAAGACUGGAGCUGUAUUUUUCAGAGAAGCAGCAGCAGUGACUGGAACAUAAAUUCUGUUUCCUGGUGGAAGGAAGGCAAAGGUCUCUAGCAAUUUGUAUUGCUAGUGUCAGGACCACUGAUGGAGACAGUGGUCCCUGAACUUGAAUUCUGACGCGGUGCAGACAAGGCUGUCCUGCUUGUUGUUGCCUCCCCAGGGCCUGGCGUGGCUUUGACACAUAUGGAAACUUACUGAAUAUCUUCAGAGUGAAAAAAAACCAGAUAAGCAAAAGGUAGCUUUCUGAGAAGACGUCUUCACUGGUGAGCUCAGACAUAGCCUGCCUUUGUAACUUCUUUCUUUGGAGAACUCUCAGAUAAACUGAAGCUCCCUUAUCUGCUCUUAUCCAUGCCAAAGUGGCAGUUGAUUUUCGACAUCUCCAAGCUCAAGGUCUUGGGAGUCCAUUUCCUUGUUCCUGUUGAGCCCUCCUCAGCCCACAAAGAAUGAAUCAAGAAUAUGGAUCUGUCACUGGCUGAAAACUGCUCAUCCCCAGGUGAUGCCGCCUGCAGCAGACUUCGGUCAGGGAGGACGCAGGCAGCCUGUUUGUUUCCAGGAGAUUUUUUGGCUGUCUUGUUAUAUGAGUGACAGUGUUAGAGCUGCAUCUGGAUAGUUUUGUAAGACAUUGGCUUUUACAGCAGGAUAAGUAAUGGAGAUCAUUUCCCAAAGUUAAUUAUAGGCAUCAGCUUCCAUUCAGGCUGAGAAAUUAAUCUCAAGUAUUUUGAAGUCAUGCAGUUCCAGUGAGAGGAACUUCAGAACAUAUUGUGAUCAGAUCAGUGGUUUCCCUAGGAGGAGAUUCUUAUCCUACAAAAAUCUUUAGGAUGAUCAUUGCAAUGGUGUUUUAAGAGACUUUUUACAUCAGUAGUUGCAGUAGUUGAUUAUGUUAUGGUAUAUCAAUACACUGGUGUAGUUGAAAAUAAUUAGGCAGGCUGGCGCAGCGGCUCAGUAGGCUAAUCCUCCGCCUUGCGGCGCCAGCACACCGGGUUCUAGUCCCGGUCGGGGCACCGAUCCUGUCCUGGUUGCCCCUCUUCCAGGCCAGCUCUCUGCUGUGGCUAGGGAGUGCAGUGGAGGAUGGCCCAAGUUCUUGGGCCCUGCACCCCAUGGGAGACCAGGAGAAGCACCUGGCUCCUGCCAUCGGAACAGCAUGGUGCGCCGGCCGCAGCGCGCCUACCGCGGCGGCCAUUGGAGGGUGAACCAACGGCAAAAAUGAAGACCUUUCUCUCUCUCUCUCUCUCUCUCACUGUCCACUCUGCCUGUCAAAAAAAAAAUAAUAAUAAUAAUUAGGCAGUUUUGCCAAUGAGCUGUUUUGCUAAUUCAACAAAUACUUAUUAAGUGCUUACCAUGUGCCAGGCACUUUGGUGCUGGGACUACAAAGGGGACCCAAUAGACACAUCCCUGGUUCCAUGGACUUUCUAGUCGAUCUGACAAGAAGGAGGAUUCAUGUACACUCAUUCAUUCAGUGGACAUUUAUUGACAUUUCUUUUGAACCAGAUACUGUUCUAGACUCUGGAAAAGUAGCAGCAAUGCUGCAGGCAAAAUCCCUGCAAGCAGUGGCUUUCAGCACUGUAGCACAGCCCUGGCCCUGAGUAUGCACACAUUAAUAUGGUUAUCCCGUGGGGACAAAUGGUGAAGACCAACUUUCAUAUUUUUCUUUAAUAUACCUCUGCUUCAGUUUGAAUUCUUUACUUUCUUUUAUAAUUAAAAAUUAAAUUGAAGAGUUAUAGCGGUGUUUUCCUGUUCACCCUGCUCAUGAUAAGAAGAAAUGAAGACCUGGAUGGGUCAUGGUCCGGAGCAGAGCGUGGUGGCAAAUGAGAGCUGGAACCCUGGUUUUCAGUGUAGGGGCCACUCUACAUCAAAUAUUUGGAAUGGGGAAGAUGGCAAAGAAAGCAAAACAAAAUGAGCAACAGCAAAACCGAGCAAAGGAAAGUUAUUACAACGGGUCCAGGAAACAGUAAAUAGUAACCUAACUAAAAACAGUGGUAAGAGUGAAUGUGUGAUUUGUUCACACGAGUACAUUGGGAUUUUUCUUCCAGACUUGUCAACAGAGAACACACAGGCUCUGAACAGAGGUACAGGAAAGGUACCCGAUUUUUUUUUUUAAACUGAGAAAAGUGAAGUCUUACUAUGUUUUAUCUGCCUGUUGCUUCAUGUAGAUUUGGAAUUCUCAAGGCAGAAAUUCCAAACGAUUUAGUUUCUUUCUAAUUGAUUCAGGUAACCUUAAUUUAUAUGAAAAAAAUUAGUUUUUCCCUUUUUUAAUGUCAUAAAAGGAUGGAUUUAUGAAAAUAUCUUACUGAUUUUUAAUCAGCAUAGUCAUCAUUUACAUACAAUAAAAAACACUCAUUUUUUUAAGUGUACAGUUUGAGUUUGACAGAUGUGUGCACCUAUGUAAAUCACUCCAAGCAAGAUAUAAAGCAUUUCCCCAUCCCAAAAUAUGUUUUGAAUGUCCAAUGUUCUUUAUGCCUCCUUUUCCCAAAGGUGAUAUCUUGAUUUAAAACACUGAACUGAACACAAAUUAAUUUUGUCUCCAGAUUUCUAUGGAAAAAAUCUGGAUCGUUCUGGAAAUAAGUGGAGGUGGUCUUAGGGCAGUCAUUUUCGACAUUCUCUCUUGUGCUUUUCUGGGACUUAGUUGGGAAGAGGGGAGAGGGUAGGGACUGCUGGCUGUUCAGCUGGGAGAUUCUCAAGCUUGAGGAAGGUUCAGAUUUCGGUCUAUGCUUGGUGGAAAGCUGCCAAGGGAGCAGUAUGAGUCAGAAAUGUUAGUUUCAGGCUUCUAGAUCCUCUUAAUCUCAUUCUCAACCACACUGACCACAGUAAUAAAGGUCAUUUCAAGUCCCUCAUUUACUCAUAGUGGUGAAUUUAUUUUUUGAAUUGUUAUUCUAAUUCCUUCUGCUUGUGGUGUGACUUUCUUUUGCCAAAGAGAGCAGAGAGAUUUUAAAAACUGGCUGUUUAAACCACUCAUGUACGACUGUGGUGGAGGACAUCUGUCUAAAUAUACACAUUAUUUUAAUACAAUGAUGUUGGAAAUGGAUCACCUUUGGGAAAUAUUUCAUUAUAGUUUUAUACCCCAUGUUUGUAAUCUGCUUUGUGAUGUUAUCACUUAUAAUUUCUAUAUUUUGUACCUGUACCUUUUCACUUUAUUUUAAACUUAGUGUAAGUAAAAUAAAAAUAUU